AAAUUCAGCUACAAAUACAUGACAAAUGAAACUUUAUAGCCCCUUUAUUACGUGCGCCGCUGCUCUAACGGUUUACUUAUCUGCUUCGAUAAAGGAUUAGGGUUUGAGCGUCUGGUGUGGGCGAUCAGUUCAGCUAAGGGACGUAAGAUACUCGAGUUAACAUGGAUGGUCGUUAUGGGUCUGGUAAGAGAUCUCGCCCCCAAGACUCUGAUACUGCUGACAGAAAUGUUGACCGUAAGCGUCGUCAUCCCGGGGGUGAAAGAGAUGCAAUGCCUGGUGUAGAUGAUACAGUAUAUCGUAUCUUGUGUCCUGGAAACAAAAUUGGAAGUGUCAUAGGGAAAGGUGGCAGUAUUAUCAAAGCUUUGAGGCAUGAUACACGAGCCAAGAUUAAGGUGGCAGAUGGUAUUCCUGGUGUAGAUGAGAGAGUUAUCAUUAUAUUCAGUGCGGCUGAAAAGGAUCAAAGGAAGGAUGCAGAUGAUGAUGAUGAAGAUGAUUACAUGAAGCCUCUGUGCCCUGCUCAGGAUGCAAUCUUUAGGGUUCACGAGAGGAUUGUUGACGAUGACGGAGGAGAAUCUGAGGACGAGGAUGAUAAUGGGAAGGGUAAACAGGUGACUACACGUCUGCUUGUGCCUAACAAUCAAAUUGGUUGCUUACUUGGUAGGGGUGGGAAGGUUAUUGAGAAGAUGAGGUCCGAGACUGGUGCACAGAUUAAGAUACUUCCAAAGGACCAGCUUCCUGCUUGUGCUAUGGCCACCGACGAGCUUGUUCAGAUUGUGGGAACUCCUUCUGUAGCCAAGAAAGCGCUGUUUGAAGUUACUGCACGUCUGCAUGAAAAUCCACCAAAAGAACGCUUUCCCUUGAACAAUCCUGUAUCCGGAUUUGCACAGAAUCCUUUUGUUCCCUCAGCUGGACAUUUGUUUUCAUCAGCAAAUAUCCUACCCCAAGGCUUUGCUCCAGUUGGUUUUUCACCAGCUGCUAUUGGUGGAUAUAGGAGUGAAAGUGGUGCGGGAUGGCCCCUUGGUUCUGCUGGCCUUACAGGUAUUACUGGUUUGGGUGGUGCUGCACAGAGAAGAGAUGAUGGGUCAGCAGAAGAAUUUUCGUUUCAGAUGCUUUGCCGAAAUGAAAGAAUUGGUGGUGUAAUUGGUAAAGGAGGUAGUACAAUAAACCAAAUUAGGCAUGAAACUGGUGCGACAAUUAAGGUUGUAGAUCAAGAAUCUGACUGUGAUGAGCGUGUGAUAUUAGUGUCAUCUAAGGAGUACGUAGAUGACAGGGCUUCCCCUACUCUGGAAGCUGUUCUUCAACUGCUACCCCGAACUAGUGACAAAUCAAAGGAAGAAGGCAAGGAAAAUAUUAUUACAAUAAGGUUUCUUGUGCCAUCAAACCAUAUAGGUUGUAUCUUGGGUAAAGGUGGUAGUAUUAUCUCAGAAAUGAGGAAGAGGACGAGAGCAAACAUUCGUAUAAUGUCCAAGGAUAAUCUUCCUAAAUGUGCCACUGAAAAUGAUGAGCUUGUUCAGAUUGUUGGAGAAUUUGAGGUCGUAAGAGAAGCUUUAGUUCAAAUUGCAUCCAGGCUCAGGGCCAAUGUUUUUAAGGAUAAGGAUGGUGGUGCAAGUGCUAGUUCUGUAGUCCCUGGAUCUUUAUCUUUCCUUAAUAUGCCUGGUGGUGUUCCUACCUCUGGUUUUGGAGGGCGCCAAGAUUUGGGAUCACCUGGUGGAAUGUAUUCACUCUCUGGUUUAGAUUUACAAGGAACAGCUGGAGGAAGGCUUUCAUCAGGCAGCUAUGGAAGUUAUGGAAGCCUGCAGACUGGUGGGGCUAGCGGUUAUGGGGCGCUUUCUGGCUAUUCAACAAGCCAAGCCUCAAUUGCAGGGUCAUCACUAGGAGUGCUAAAGAAUGCCUCAGGAACAAGUGUGGAGGUAACCGUACCAAAUAAGGCCGUGGGUUCUAUUCUGGGUAGAGGUGGAUCAAAUAUAGCACAUAUUCGUGAGAUAUCAGGAGCAAAAGUGAAGUUGCAUGAUUCCAAACCUGGUGGCACAGAUAGGAUUGUUGAAAUUUCUGGCACUCCAGAGCAGACACAUGCAGCACAGAGCCUGCUUCAAGCAUUUGCAAUGUCUGGUCAAGGUCCCCGUCCGACACGUGGUUACUAGAAUGGUUUAACCUUUUUCGUCAGAUUGGGCUAUUUUUGGAAUGAAUGAUCACUGAAAGCAAGGCCAUAGUGCUUCAUAGUCAGGUAAUCUAAAGAUGAUAUCUUAUUUUUAUAAGCGGACGCCAGGUAAAUUGCAUGCUAUUUGUUGUCUUGUUAUUAUUUUUGGAGUUCUAAUUUUUUUAUAUCAUUAUUUUGUUAUAUUUAUUGUCUUGCUUGAAUAUCUACAUAAGGGAUGAUAUUUCAUUUUGCAAUCAGAUGUCUCGCAGGUAAUUUGCACGCUAUUUGUUUUCUUAUUAUUUUGUUUGAAUUUUAACUUGGUACUGUUCUUGCAUAGUCUUUUGGUAUCAAUGUUUGCCCAGUAUUGUUAACUUUUAUUAAUUACUGGUUGAAAUUUUUUCUCUUGCUUUGGUACAAAUUUAUGAAUAAUUUUUAGUUUUUCAAAUUUUUUAUUAAGUUGAAACCAGAAGAAGAUAAAAUCAAGUAUAUUUGUGUCCACGAAUAUGCUGUGGUUUCACAAUGCAAUGGCGUGUAUUUAACCUCAUUAUGAGUUUGAUUAACUCGAGGCUGCAAAAACUAAUUUCAGCUGCUAAUUUAAAGUAGUUAUUUAACCUCAUUAGGAGUUUGAUUAACUCGAGGCUGCAAAAACUAAAUUUCAGCUGCUAAUUUAAAUUUGUUAUUUAACCUCAUCAUGAGUUUGAUUAACUCGAGGCUGCAAAAACUAAUUUCAGCUGCCUAAUUUAAAGUAGUUUACUAGUUAUAUUCUUCUCUUAUUAAGGCGGGUGAAGGAUAUGGAACUGAUUGAAAUUCUUUUUUUAAAGAAAUUUUAAUGCAAUCUAUUUGAGAUUCUCUUUUAAUAUUA